AUGGUUACAAGAACGUUCGCUGCCCUUAUAGGAGAUGAUUUUGUGACCAAAGAAGUGAUCACCGACCGCGACGACAAAGUGAGCGUCUACGUCGCAGUAAACAUCGAAACGAAGGAAGAGGUCGCUCUCAAGCUCAGCUCUUCGGUCGACCAAAUCGAACUCGAGGCCGCCUUUUACGAAGAUUCACUCAAAGACCUGGAAGGAUUCCCGAGAAAGAAGCGGUUCUGGAAGGAAAUGCAUGGUACCAUUGGUGCUCUUGCCCUCGACCGUCUGGGACCCUCUUUGGAUGUUCUCAUCAAAGAGGUGGAAGAAAGCAAGUUUAGCCUCAAGACGACUCUUCAGAUCAUGGAUCAAGUCAUCACCCGCAUUCAAGCUUUACAUGGACGACACAUUGUCCACCGUGGUAUCAAACCCGACAACUUCUGCAUUGGCCUCAAAGGGAGCAAAACAGAGAAUAAGGUGUAUAUGAUCGACUUUGACCUCUCUAAAAAGUACAUCAAGGACGGAGUCCACAUACGAGACUAUGGAGACAACGUGGGCAACACAUUUUGGAUUUCGUUGGCCAUUCACAAAGGAUACGAGCCUGUGAGGCGAGAUGAUAUGGAAUCCGCUGGUUUCCUGGCUAUCUACCUUCUUAAGGGCAAAUUGCCCUGGUUAUGUGAAUACAGCUCAAGCGCAGUGAGGGGUGGUAAAGCGAUCACUGCUCUGCAAGAGCUGUGCAAAGACCUUCCGGAGGAGAUUAUCACAUACAUCACUUACUGUCGAUCACUUCAAUUUGCCCAAGAACCCGAUUAUGGCUAUUGCCGCGGGCUUUUCCGCCAAGUGUUCGAGAGGGAAGGGUUCAACGAUGAUGGGCUGUGUGAUUGGAGUACCCCUCAGCUUGUCGCCGAAUCCGAGGGCAUGGAAAUCGCACAUGGCUCCGAGGAUGAUCUCCCCAGCAGCAAUCACUCCGAGGAGGACGGAUCGGCUAUCCCAUUCGACAACGAUACUGUUGAUGGGCAGACUCUCGUCACUGACCACACCAAGACGACCAAGGCUUGA